AAGAGAUAAAAUUCUUCUAUUUCCACUACGUGGAUUCGGAAAAUGAAGCACAGAAACAUUUAACUUGCCUGAGGUUACAGAGCUAGUACAUUACGGGACCUGGAUUCAAAUCAAGACAGUCAUUAGCUACAUUGAAGGUGUAACUGCAAAUGCAAAUAACUCAUCACAAGGGAUACACACACUUCACUCAUACAAGAUCUUUAACACUGCUGGUAGGAAAGCCAAAGCGUCUGCGUUUUUAAGCGCAGCCCCGCCCCGCGAUACUAGAUUUAUUCUUCAGAGCCUGGGGCCUGAUAGAUUAAGGCACGGGGGAACGAUGCCUUUAUAUUUUUUCAAAAGUCAAUAAACUGCCCACUUCUUUCCCAAAAUGAGGUGUCUGUGGGGGCGGCCCUUGUCGCUCCGUGUGUCAAGGGUCCUCCGAUUGCCAGCACACAGCGGCGAGCGGAGAAGGCAGGGGAGGAACUGCACAGACUCGGCCGCGGCGGGCGGCGGCGGCCCGCCCCUGGGGCGGGAAGAGCGGAGGUGCCGGAAGACACCCGGAAGCCCUUCCCCGCCCGGGCACGUAACAGAGCUGGGAGCCCGGCUGCCAGGGGCGUGCCAUCGCGGGGCCAGCCUGGGAGCCCUGCGGCGCGGCGGCAGGAGAAACAGCAGAGGACGCCCUGGAAGAGCAGGAGCACGUGGGCCUGAGAGAAUGGCGCCAACACCAGCCCUGCAAAGCCACAUCCCAAAGCGGGGCCGGUGACAGCCACCGUGGCCCCGCAGACCUCAGAGAAGACGGUCAAGCCAGCCAAGGCCGCCUCCCUGGCCAGCGGGCUCCCAACGCGCAGGCGCACCUGCCGGGAAGGGACAGCUGGGCGGAGUCAAGAGCCGGAAGUGCCUGGCACCGCAACCCUUCCCGGGAAACCAGCGGACCGGAACUCCCCGGAGUUCCCGCCCCCAGACAGAGCCCCGCGUUGCUGGGCAACCGAUGUGGCCACUGCAGCUGGGAACGAUCCCGGUGCAGCUCCUACCUCCUGCACUGGUAAACUCCCGUCCCGCCCACCGCCCUUAUUGUCGCCUCUCCACGCGCCGCGGAAUCCUUGCCCUUGGCACUACUUGCAUCUCUCCGGGUCCCACGAUACCUUAGCGCCCACCUGCUUCAAAGCCAAGCUCCACCGAAAGCGAGGUGUUCUGCCCCCGGACAUGGCCUCGGCGCUGACUGACAGCACCUCUCGGGCCCCGAGCACCUACACCUACACCAGCCGGCCUCGGGCACUGCCCUGCCAGCGCCGUCGUUACCGGGACAGCCUGACGCAGCCGUGAGUGUCCAAGGCUCCUGUGUGAUCCCUACUUGCACCCAUCCCCCGGCUGGGGUCUGGCCCCUUCGCCCUGGCAAAGGCUGCUCAUGCUGUCUUUCCUUGGUCUCACUCUGUCGAAAUAAACGUUCUGCCCUAAGGAA